CCCAGACCGAGCAAGGGAGGGCGUGAUCACAGCAGGAUUUUAUAAGGCGGCCAGCAAUAGCUCCCAGCGCUUCUCCAGUUGGAGCUUCACGUCCUGGACAGUAUGGCCGUUGGCCCCCUUGACCUGUGUCUUUUGGCCACAGUGGCUUUGAGCGUAGACGCCUCUGUCAGCAGUUGGUGGAAUUUGGUGGCUAGGAAAACAGUACCCUACCAAGAACUGAAGGAAGUGACAAAGCGUUUCUCCAAGGCAGGAGUGUUUGACUAUACAACAUUGACAUUGGACCACACCAAAGGGCUUCUUUACGUGGGGGCUCGGGAAGCCAUUUUUGCCCUAAGCACCAGCUCUGUGGAACUCAAGGAAGCAAUCUUUUGGGAGGCUCCAGCAGAGAAGAAAGCAGAGUGCAUCCAGAAGGGCAAAAGUAACCAGACUGACUGCUUCAACUACAUCCGUUUCCUGCAAACCUACAAUAGCUCUCACAUGUACACCUGUGGCACUUAUGCCUUUCAGCCCAAAUGUGCCUACAUUGAUUUGGCCAGUUUCUCCAUCAACAGGCUGUCAUUUGAAGAUGGAAAGGGGAAGUGUCCCUAUGACCCAACCAAGGGACAUACAGGCCUCAUUGUGGAUGGAGAUCUGUAUUCAGCAACACUCAACAACUUCCUAGGCACUGAGCCUGUGAUCCUGCGCAACUUGGGUUUGCGCUCUUCUGUCAAGACGGAGUACUUGCCUACCUGGCUCAAUGAACCCCACUUUGUGGGCUCAGCUUACAUCCAGGAGAGUCUGGGAAGUGACAAUGGAGAUGAUGAUAAGGUCUACUUCUUCUUCAGUGAGCGGGCCUUGGAGUACGACUGUGACACAGAGCAGCUGGUGGCCCGGGUAGCCAGAGUCUGCAAGGGGGACUUGGGUGGCGCCCGCACACUGCAGAAGAAGUGGACAACAUUUCUGAAGGCACGGCUGAUGUGCUCCAUUCCGGAGCAGCAACUCCAUUUCAACCGGAUUCAGGGAUCCUAUACACUGAGUGGGGACCACUGGCGUGACACGAGCUUCUUCGGGGUCUUCCAGGCACGCUGGGGAGGAGUGGAUGUUUCCGCUGUCUGCCAAUACCAGAUUGAGGAUGUGCAGAAGGUGUUUGAAGGACCCUACAAGGAGUACAGGGAGCAAUCUCAGAAGUGGGGUCAAUACUCAGACCAGGUGCCAUCGCCCCGGCCUGGAGCUUGCAUCACUGGCUGGCACCGGCACAACAACUUCCACACCUCCAUGGAGCUCCCAGACAACACCCUCAACUUUGCCAAGAAGCACCCACUGAUGGAUGAGGUGGUAGCACCCCAAGGGAACCAGCCCUUGCUGGUCAAGAAGGAUGCCAACUUCACCCAGCUGGUGGUUGAGCGGGUGCACGGCCUGGAUGGUAAACCCUACGAAGUGCUGUUUGUUGGAACAGAUAAUGGCUGGUUGCACAAAGCUGUGAUGCUGCCCUCAGGUGUCCAUCUUAUUGAAGAGUUACAGAUCUUUGACCAAGCCCAGCCUGUCAAGAGCCUAGUGCUAUCUCCACAGAAGAGGGUGCUGUUUGCUGGUUCCCACUCCCAAGUUACCCAGAUACCUGUGGCUGAUUGCAGCAAGUAUCACUCCUGUGCUGACUGUAUCCUUGCCAAGGACCCCUACUGUGCCUGGAGCAGGAAUGGGAGUUCCUGUGUUCGCAUUGACACCUAUGAUGGGUCUUCAAUGCUCUUCCAGGAUUUAGGAGUGCAGCCAGCAAUCUGCAGCCCCAUGCGUGCGAUCAGGCCAGCAGCCAAGAUAAUUGCCAGGAAUAUCACAGUAAUGGCAGGCACAGACCUGGUGCUUCCUUGCCGCCUCACCUCCAACCUGGCCAAGUCCCGCUGGACCUUCAAUGGGCAGGAGUUGCUUGAAGAGCAGAACUCAGUGUUAUAUGAUGCCCAUCUCCAGGCCCUGAUCAUCUUGGGUGCCAAUCCAAGGCACACUGGUACAUACAAGUGCUCUCAGGUGGAAGAGCGGAAUGAGCUGAUGGCUGAAGGCUAUGCUGUAGUGGUGGUCUCUGGCCCAGCCCUGUCGCUAGAGGCACGGGCUCCCUUGGAGAACUUAGGCUUGGUGUGGAUGGUGGUGAUUGCUUUGGCAGCUGUGUGUUUGGUGCUCCUCCUGGUGGUGUUAUCCUUGAGACGCAGACUGAAGGAGGAGCUUGAGAAGGGCUCCAAGGCUAUUGAGAGCACUCUGGUCUACCCCAUUGAGCUGCCCAAGGAGUCCAAGAGCCCCACCUUCAUCCCCAGCACCACCUCAGACUCUGAUGAGAAGCUGUGGGACCCAGCCAGCUACUACUACUCAGAUGGCUCCCUUAAGAUUGUGCCAGGCCAUGCUGUGUGCCAGAAUGGAGGCACCACCCCUUCUCCCACUACCAAUGGCAUCCCUGGCCAACCACUCCAGUCCCCACCCCUCCACUCGCCUAAUCGCAUCAACCUGGGCAACAUCCGUGGCUCUUCUUCCAACGGCUACAUCCGUCUCAAUCUGGGUACCGAAGAGCGGCCGGACUACAGUGACCUUGCUGAGGAGCUGCGCCGAAAACUCAAACAAAGGCAGGCACUGCCUGACUCCAACCCUGAGGAAUCAUCAGUAUGAGCUGUGCUGUGGACUUAUAUUCUACACAACUACCUCAUAAACAAGGCUGGGAUCACUGCCUCGAAUUCACCAGGACUACUUUUUAAAGAAAUCCUAUUUAAAGACUUUCAGGCACUCUUUUUCUAACACCCUCCUUAACAUCCUCAAUUUUUAUAUACUUCCCAUGGUCCUUUACACAUUCUUCAGUGUUUUUUUCAACUGUGCUUCCUUCUAGGACAUUCCCAGGACUGUUUGGGAAGUAUUUUCAUUCUUCUUUUGCCUUGGAUGGUGAGUCUGAUCUCACUGAACCAUUGAUGGACGGACUGUUGGGCCAAACCCAGGCCUGUUUCUUGUUGAAUUGGCCCUGUGACCAAUGGUCAUGCUUGAUAGGUCAUUGGGAAAAGACAGGGUAGAGCCUGAUUCCUAGUACAAAGCUGCCAUUGGCUCCUUGCUGUUCUUUCUCCCUUCCCCCACCCCACAAUGACCAAUAACUACCAGCUGUUUUCAAUAGAUGGGCCAAGUUCAUUGAAUGGCUGGUUUUUCAUGAAUGGAACAUUGGGAACUAGCAUAAUGGUUAUGUGUUUAUCCCUCCUGUUCCUAUGGACAUGCUGUUUCUUGUGAGACUGGGCUUUUUAAAGGCAAGUGUAUUGUGCUCUUUUCCUGGGAAAAGAGGGAUGUGAGAAUUGAGGCUGAUUCAAGAUGCUACGUGCCUGAGGCAGACAAUCCAUGUGAUGAACCUUCCCCCACCUCACCCCAUGAGAACACACACUAAUGGUCCUUGAGCGGUCUGAGGGAAAGUUCUAUACCUUGAUCUGAGUGGGAAGAUGCACAUUCAUUUCAAUGAGACUUAUGUAGGUGAACUUUCUGCUGGGUUCUGCCUCAUGAGUCAAGCUGGUCCAAGUCCUACUCAGUUACUUUUAAGGGUGCCCCAAAUUAGCCACAUCGUGGGUUCACUCUGUGUGUGUGUGUGUGUGUGUGAGAGAGAGAGAGAGAGAGAGAAAUGGAACUAUUUUUUUAAGUAACUGCUGAGAUUAAACUCAUUUUCCCUCUUGGGGUGGGGAACAUGUAGUGUAGAUAUCCCCAUUCCUUCUGGCAAUGGUUCUUCCUUACCCUUGCAUGCCUCACAGCAACAACAGCUGGUUUCAAACUUCUUCCCUCUUUUUAACCUUUUUUAAAAGACCUGUGUAAAUAAUACAUGAAAAAGGCUUCUUGAUAAAAGCCUCACACCCGACUCCCCCAGUCUCCCAUCAGAUCCAGUGUAAUUUAUUUGUUACUGAAAUAUAUUUAUUUGAUGUAAAUAUCUGAAUAUUUUUAUAUUAAUAAAUGGAGCGAAACAAACC